UUAUUGUUUUGGCGUGUGUGUGUUGACUGUGGUCCUCCGCAGCUUCCUCCGGUUGUCGCCAUGGUGCAGAUGAUGGAGUCUCAGUGUGAGUAUUUCAUGUAUUUUCCGGCGGUGCCUAUCACGGAUCUAUCGGACCCGGCCCGGUAUCGCACUCUUCCCCGCCGGAGCCACCUCUACCUGGGCGAGACGGUUCGGUUCCUGCUGGUGCUGCGGUGCAGGGACGGCGGGGCGACGCCAACCGAGCACGGCCCCGGUGAGGAGGAAGGGAUGGGGGUGUCUGCAUCCGACCGGCUGUGGUGAAGGGGAGGAGAGGAAAGGGACAGUCUGCAGGGUGGAUGUUAUUGUUAUUCAUUCACACAGACAAAUCAGAUUUUAAAUCAACAUUUCCUCUAUUAUCGUGACUAAAUAAUGAUGAUCCCUCUGUAUAGUGUUAUUAUAUCCUAAAGAAAAAGAUGAAAUCAAAAGCAAACAUUCAUAAUAUAAAAACUGAGGGGAAACAGCGUAAAAUAGACGACAUUCAGUGAAGAGUUUGUCUUAUAUUUGUAUUAAUUUGAACCUUUCUCUCCAGAUUCAAACAGAUUUGGGAAAAAUACAAUCACAAAAAACACAACAGUCAUUACUGACACAGUAAUUGUUGUCAGUGACCGUGAACAAAAUAUGAACUUCUUACAGCAAAGAUAGCAUGUUAGUAUUAAGUAUUAAAUAUCACACCAGGAUAAUGGACCAAAAUGCUUGAGGUCAUGAAAAAAAAUGGACUUGACCAAGAAUUUUAAUCCUGUAGAUCUUUUUUCAUUGUAGGUAAGAACGGCUCUUAACAUUUAAGCUAAAUCACCAGAGAUGUAGCAUAUAAAAAGGGUCUAAACUUGUCAGAGUACAGAGACGGACCAUGGAGAAGAAAGUCUGUGAAUACAUAACCAAAACUGACUAAGAUAGGGUUAGGGUUUCUAAUCUGGACUAAAACUAGAUCUUUCUACUCUUGUUUGGAGCAGACGUUGGUUUAAGCACCAGAGAAGAUUCAUCCUGAAUGAGUUAGUAACAUCAUGAUGGAGGACAAAAACCUUAGUAAGACCUAAUUUAAACCAGGUUUGAAAGUCUACAGCUUACUGGUCCAGACCAAAUCAAUGAUCAAUAAAUUCAGAGAAUUCAUUCAGCUUGGGUCCAUUGCUUUACUGUAGGUGGCGCCGAUGGCUCUGCUGCUGGUUUUGGGACUGAGUCGGCCAGUAGUCGAGCCUGGAGGGAACUGGCGGGCUCUCUGUGCGCCGUGGCCAGUGUGAGUCCAGGUGAGAGCAGUCGCCAUCGUGGCAACCACCACCAGCAUCACCAUGACUACCAGAACAGCGGGGACGAGGCCAACGAGGACGGCGAGGAGGACCACAUCGCAGCAGCAGAGGCGGCCAUCGCUGCGCUUGGCAGCAGGCUGGACUCCAGGUGUCGGAGCUUCAGGGACUGUAAGCCUCUGCUCAUCCACAACUCAUCUGGGACGGCGGCAAGGGAGUUCCGCAGGGCGCCUGUUCAGGUUUGGCACUCUUGUUAUGAUACACCUGUACUGACAAAAAUCACGUUUUCUAAGAUAUUAGAGAUUAUGGACUUUGACUUUAUGUUACUUGUUAGUAGUUGGUUACUCGUAGUGCCGCAGUGUAAGGUCACCAACCAUCCAUUAUUGAUCCCUAAAUUUUCCUCAUUGAUCCGUCUGUCCCCCCAUAUCAGUCUCCUCUGGACGAGCCAGUGGUUUUAACAGAUGAGGUGAUCUUCCCUCUCACCGUCUCUCUGGACAAACUGCCUGUCAGCACCCUGAAGGUCAAGGUGAGCAGGAUUACCUUUGAGAGUCGAAGGCUUUUAGAGGUUUUUAUGAAUAAACAACCAAGUGUUUAGAAUCAGUAUCAGCUGGAUGUUAGUAUUGAUUAUGUGUGUGUUUGUGUGAUCAGGUGAUGGUCACAGUCUGGAAGAAGGAGGCAGAGAAAGCAGAGGUGCAGGAACUCGGCUACCUGAGUGUCCUGCAGCAGCGAGAGCCGACACACACCUUCAGGCACGACCUGAACACCUUCAAGGCUCAGGGUACAACACACACGUACCUGCACUAAUAAACUUAUGAGGACUCUGAAGAGAGUUUAAGCUGGAUGGCAGAUUUUAACACUCAUUGAACCUUAAUCCCAAUAUCUGAUCAGUUGAUUGAAAUGGUUUCAAAAUAUUUAAAAAAUUCCAAAUAUUAUCCUUUAAUUUUCAUCCCAUCAUCAUAUUUUUAUGAUUGUUUAGAACAAAAAUCGUGGAAGUAAAAUCCAGUUAAUGGACCUGUUCACCAAAACAGGAAGUCCAACUCUCUUCCUCUGCUCUUCUUGUGGUACAGCAGAUGAUACUCAAAAGAGAGCCCCGCUCAGAUCCUGGUGCUGUUCAGAUUAUCAACAGGCUGGUGGAUUAAAGCAAAUAUUUAAUUAAGAUUAUUAAUUAUUAUCUUUUUUUGUCCAAUUUGUUGAUAUCCACAUAGGGAGGUUUUUUCUCACGUGAAGCCUCUUUUGGCAGGUAUUUUCGUGUCACUGCUCUACAGUCUACUCUACAAAACUUGUCCCCGGGGGCGCCAAAGUCAACACAAAAUAAACGCCAGGUCAAACAACUGGGCGCUGGUUUCAAAAGGAACAAAAAAAGUUUGAACGGAGGAACUUUUAUGCUAAUGUUGUUUCUGUGUUUACAUUCUAACAGUGAGCACCACUUUGACCGUCCUGCCUCCCCCCACCGUCCGCUGUAAACAAAUGACCGUCUCUGGGAAGCACCUUGCCAUCCUCAAAGGUAAAAAACAAAGUGUUAAUCAUCAAAUCACACCUAACUGUCCUUUUAUUUCAGUUAAUACUAUACAUUUUUUGCUAUAUUAAUAUUUUGGUUAUGCUUCUAGUUGAAAUUACUGCUAUAAAAUUAAAAAACUUUCAGUUACAGUCAAUCUGCGGGACCAUUUAGGUUAUUAUGAGAGACUAAAAUUCAGGCAAGACUGAAAAUUGUCGACAUUAUAUUUUGAUUCUUAAAUCACUUUCACUUAUUGACACUGGUUUUAGAGACAAACCAGGAUCUAUUAAAGACUCAAACUGACUCUAAAUGUUGUUUCUCCUUCUCUCAGUGUUGAACGAGUUGUCUCAGGAGGAGGUGAGCGUCAGGGACAUUCGGAUUUUACCGAAUCUCAACGCCUCCUACCUUCCCAUGAUGCCGGACGGCUCUGUGCUGCUAGUGGAUAACGUGUGGUACGUGCAGGUAUCAAUUAAUCAAUCUGGCGUAGUAUCUAUUCAUGCAGCGCCAGUUUAUGUCAAAUGGUAUCUCCAGAUGCUCCAUAAAACAAGCUGGUCUAGAAUAUAAUCUGUUUACAAAGCCCACCAAACAGGUAAAAAGGUGUGUAAUUUAAGUAAACAGAUGAAGGAACAUCUCCAAACAUAUGAGGUUAAUUUCCAGCAGGUUAGUAACAUGACUGGAUAUAAAAAGGACAAGAACAGUUCAACAGCUUGAGAAUAAUGUUCCUCUGAGUAGAUUUCAUCAUCUACAGUACAUAAUAUCCUUAAAGGAUUUAGAGGAUCUGGAGAAAUCUCUGUACUAAACGGAUAAGGUCCAAAACCAAGACUGGAUGGUCCUGAUCUUCAGACCUUCAGGCAGCACUACGUUAGAAACAGACAGGACUCUGGAGUGGGAAUCACCAUGUACAUAGUUUUGGUCUCUAAUACCUACAAUGUAUUGAUUCUCUCUCUUUCACUCUGCAGCCAUCAGUCAGGUGAGGUCGGCAUGGCGUCUUUCUGCAGAGUGGACAGCCUGGCCUGCCGCCUUCCCAGCAUGCUCAGCGCCUUGGAGGAGCAUGACUUCCUGUUCCAAUUGCACCUUAACGACAUGCCGCAGGACGACUCUAACGAGGUUUGGAUGUGUUCGUGUUGUUCUUGUAUUUCAGUCUUACCAACAGUUUUAUUUUUGAUUGUGUUUCAACCAUGAUAACAGGGAAAAAGAGGUUAAAUCUAGGAAUAUUUGUCUCUUUAUGCUACCUGAUGAUAUUUCUGUGAUUAUUUGUAGGGGAUGGAGGUUCCUCUGGUGGCUGUGCUGCAGUGGUCAACUCCCAAGAUGCCUUUCACCAACUGUAUCUACACCCACUACAGGUGAGAUUCAUGAAAGAAUCACAGACAUGGAAAUCAGUUUAUUUAGCAGAAAUCCAGUUAAAUCCAGUUAUUCAUCUGCAACAAUAUCUAUCAUGUUAUAACAUUCAGUUUGCAACAAAACCGUCAUGAGGAACAGAAACCAUUUUUGUUAAAUGUCCUCCUCUUCUUGCUUCCAGGUUGCCCAGUAUCCGCCUAGACCAGCCUCGGUUCGUCAUGACCGCGAGCUGUCCAAGCACAGUGCGGGUUAAAGAGCACUUCAAGGUCAAAUAUGUCCUGUUGAACAACCUGCAGGACUUCCUUGCUGUCCGGCUUGUCUGGACUCCAGAGGGUCAGUCUGAGAGGGUCUUUAUUUUUGUUACUCUGUUGGCUCAGCUGGAUUAUUUUUUUUGGAGUUUUAACUUUCACAAGAGUUGUUUAGUGAAGCAGCAGCCAACAUUGAGACCAACAUUGUUACCUAUUAAAUGUUUGUGUGUGUUCAGGUCGUGGUCACAGCGAGGACGCAGCAUUGGCUGCUGUGGUCUGUCACACUCCUCUUAGUAACCUCGGUCACUGCAGGAAAGGAAGCACUCUGUCAUUCAGCGUGGCCUUCCAGAUCCUCAAACCAGGAUUGUACGAGGUACGAGAGCUCUCACAUUAGGAAAAAAAAAAAAGAUCUCCUUGUUUUACUGUUUCAUGUUUUACGUUUCUUCACCUCUCCUAAAUCCUCUGCAGCUGAGUCAGCACAUGAAACUGAAGCUCCAGUUCACAGCCUCAGUGUCCAAUCCUCCACCAGAUGCUCGGCCGCUGUCACGUAAGAAUAAAACAUUCAUGAGCUCUAACUGCACUUAUUUGGUUUUUCCAUUUUCAACUUAUGUCCACUAGAGGGUGCUCAUAACCUUUUUAUUUCAACUUGGUUACACAGGCGUAGAGCUGUAUGACCUUUUUUCAUAGAUUCUUUAUAAAAAUCAUAGACUGUAUAUACUAUGGACAACUUGGUUCCGCCUCCCGCCUGUAUACGGAUUUGGAGCCAAAAAGCUGAUUUUUCUUCAUUUCCUGAAACAAGCAUUGCGCAGUAUCGUUGUACGCUCUUGCAAGAGUCGCAGAGAGUUGCUGUGAUGACGCUCGGCUCAAACAGCGUAUCCCAGUAUAUAGAAUAGACGCCAUCUGCCUCCUUGCUGGGUGAAGCCACUCCGAGAACAGCACCCUCUGGUGACGGGCUGCAGUAUAGGUCAUAAAUCCCACCUCUGCCAGCAAUCCCUAUGGAGCUGUGGACAAACUUUGCAAAUUUAUUACACAGAAUAUACAUUUUUCAUCCCCCUGGUUGUGAUGACAUGUAGUUACAGUCAGACUAGUUUGUGCUCAAGUCCUCUUUUUUCUGUACAGCUCAAUUUUUAAAAGUUAUUAGGGGGUUCAUGUUUUCUAUGAUCAACUCCUGAUACAGCCUAUGGACGUACAAAGAUUGCGUAGCUCACUCGGGGGAUACGCCCUUUCAGCAGAGCGUCAUCACAGCGACUCAUCACAACACUACUGCGCGAUGUUGAUUUCAGGAUGAGCUUUUCAGCUUCAAAUCUGUAUACUGGCGGAAGGCGUAACCAAGUUGUCAAUCAUAUAUACAGUCUAUGGUGGUGACAGCUAAAGUCAUUCUCUUACUUGCAUGUCCAGGCAAAAACAGUCCCUCCAGCCCAGCGGUUCGAGACCUGCUGGACCGACACCAAGCCAGUCUGGGUCGGUCUCAGUCCUUCUCCCACCAGCAGCCGUCACGGUCCCACAUCAUGAGGUAACAAACACACAGUCUUUGCUUAAAUCGUAGUUAAAUCUGGUCUGUGAAUCAUGGUUUGACAUUGUUCUGUAAAUAUUUGUUUGUGUGUUCGUGUCAGGACUGGUAGCGCCAUGGAGCGGCGGGCCAUCACCCCUCCUGUUGGUUCUCCAGUUGGUCGACCUCUUUACCUCCCUCCACAGGACAAAUCUCUGCUGUCACUUGACAAGAUUGCCAAGAGGGAGUGUAAGGUGCUGGUGGUGGAUCCUGCCAACUAGGAAGCAAGGGAAUAAGGAAGAGUUUGAAGGAGCUUCAGAUACACCCAGAGAGGAGCGUUUCAUCCAGAGAGAGACUGAGAGAGUACGGAUGGUGAUCUGUGUGGAAUAUUUAUUGUCACGUAUUACAAUGUUUCUGUAUUAUUUUAGAGCAGGUUCAAAGUGGGAGAUGUUAAAGGAAAAUAUGUUUUUAAACUGAAGGCUGAAAUUGAUUUCAAACAUGAAGAAGAAGUCGCUGAAAUUAAGGUUUCAGUAUUAUUUUUUGCUCACCAUCAGUAUCAACAUGUCUGCUAUUUAAUGUUAAAGAAUGUAAUACAACACUUCAAACACAAAA